CUUCCGAUCUGCUGGCUUGCACGAUUCAAAAGGCGAUACCACAUGAAAAAUGUUAAACUUGCAGGCAAGGUAGGUUCUACGGAUCAGGAGGCUGCAGAAGAAUUUAAAAAAUACCUGCUAAGCAUUAUAUAUGAAAAGGGUUACAUGGAAGAGCAGGUUUUCAACGCUGAUGAAACUGGCUUAUUUUACAAGAAUGUUGGCAAACGAACCUAUGUAAUGCAAAUGGCCUCCAAAACUCCUGGCUUUAAAUCAUUCAAAGACUGUGCAACCUUGCUAUUAUGUGCAAACGCCAAGGGUGACUUUAAGUGCAAACCCCUUAUGGUACACAGAGCACAAAACCCACAAGCACUUAGAGGGAAAAACUUGAACCGUAUGCCAGUCCACUGGAGAUGGAACAAAAAAGCAUGGAUGGCGUCCAAAAUAUUCUGGGAUUGGUUCCACAACUGCUUCAUCCCAGAAGCUGAACGUUAUCUCCAUGGCAAAAACCUUGCCUUCAGGGUUUUAUUAAUUUUGGAUAAUGCCCCAGUUCAUUGCCGUGAAGAACUCGAAAAUGCCCACCCUGACAUAGAAGUUCUCUUCAUACCCCCAAACACAGCAUCUCUUAUCCAACCCCUCAAUCAGGGCGUGAUAAAAGCUUUCAAGGCACACUACACCAGGGAGCUUUAUAGCAAGGCUUUUGAGGCUCUCAGUGCCAAUGAGGAGACCACCAUGAUGGACUACUGGAAGUCAGUCACCAUACGCAAUGUUAUUGAUUAUAUCAGCACAGCCUGGGACAGCGUCAAGCAGGCUACUAUCAACAAUUGUUGGGGAAAUGUUUGGCCAGACUGUGUGAAAAUUUUUGAAGGUUUUGAAGGUGUUACAGAAAAUAUAACAAGCAGUGUCAAAAACAUAAUGCAUAUUGCACAACAGAUAAGUGGAGAAGGUUUCAGUGACAUGAAGGAAGGCGAUGUGGAGGAAAUUUUGGCAGAAGCGGCAGUAGAACCCACCAACAAAGACCUGGACGAGAUCGCAAAACAAGGCAAUGGAGUUAGUGAUGACGAGGAUGGUGAAAGUCAGCCUGAGACUCCAAGAAUCAUCCCUCUCACAGCAGCCAAAAUAGCAGAAUGGAAUUCUGCCUUGGAAAAAAUUUUCAAUGACAUGGAAAAGUGUGACCCUGUGCCCGAACGCAGUCUCAUGUUUAAGCGCCUUACCUCCACCGCGUUCAUCCCUUAUGCCGAAACGCUUAAAGAUUUGAGGCAAAAAGCCAAGCGGGUGAGGCUGAAGCAGUUUUUCAAGCCAGAUUGGGAGGGCAAGUUGCUGACACCGUCACCCAACUGGGAAAACCAGACUCCUGAGGCAGAGCUGCCAGAUCUCACAGGCCACCCUCCCUGACAUCUUCCUUCCUGACUCUCCCUCUGUUCCCGUACGGCAAGCCGAGGUCACAAGGUUUAACCCCACCGUGCACUGCCCCAUCACGUGUCCUGUGGCUCCAUCAACAGUAAGGUGGUUUCCAUAAAUUUUAAAUGUUUAAUCUUUGGUUAAUGCUUUUGGGGGGGCUUUCUUUCUUGCAUUAUGCUGUACUAUCCAAUAUACAGUGUGUAUUUGCGUGUGUAUGUGAGCAGUGAACAUGUGUACUGUGUAUGUGACUGAAUGGAAGAGCUAAAUUAGAACAGUCACACUAUGGUAGACUACAUUACGUAAUGCUGUAAUUGAGAUGGUGUUUUAUUAUAAAGAUAUACUGCAUGUAAUUAUUUGUAAAUAUAUAUAUAUGUUAAAUAAGCUAUCUUUAAACAGAAAUACACCUAAAAACAAGAUUAUGUAUUGACUGGUUGACCAGAUGUUGUGACCAGAGGUUCAAAGGAAACUAACUCUGUAUUUCUCCAUGAACAAUGGUUCAGUAGUUGCUAAUUCAGUGGUCAUGGUGCCCUUGUAGAAUGUAACUACCACAAAUAAUGUAAUCGACUCUACGUUUAAAAUUAUUGAUCCAUAAGGAUCUAAUUGUUAUGACUUCUCUUCUGAAUUGAGUCGACACAGCUACUGUGAGUUCACAAACGAUGGAAACAUACGUUACAGUUCUUGAUAAAAAUUAUUAUAUAUAAAAUGCAAAUUUUAUUUGGAAAUAUAUAUCUUCAUGAGAUGUAUAGGGUUUUUUUUUAAUUAGUUCAUUUACCCAUGGAUAAUCAUCACUUACUGCUGGAAAGAGAUAUGGAGCAGCGCCAAUUCUACUCCUAUCUUGGGGUUUUUUUAAUGCAAAAACUGAGAAACCUUGUUCAUAAAAAUAAGCACAUGGAAAUGGAAGGAGUUUUGUUAGGAUGAUUCUUUGAAGCCUUCUGAGUUACAUAGCCAACGUCCAGAUAUAAUCUGUCAUAAAUAAAAACUUAAAAUCAUCAGCCAACAGCUUGAUUGGAGUCUCCUUCAAUUUCUGUGAAAGCUAAGUACAACCCUGAGCUGCAACAUGCAAUCAUCAGAGUCACUCCCCUCCCAGCACCAGGACCCUUUGUGACAGCUGGGAGGCCUUCCACCUGGCAGUGUGCACCUCAGGAAGACAACAAAGGGUGAAGUGGGUGAAGGCCAUUGUGAAAGGGGAGGUGGGACAGUUGGACCAGCGUGAUGCUCUCCUUGCUCAGAGACAGCUGCUCUGGCUCCUUGGUUUUAGUUGAGCAUGGAUGCAAGCUGAGGACCUAGAAAUGGAAAUGGAUUCCCUUAAAACUAUCCUGAACUCCACCUAAAGCAACAUACCUGUUUGGAGAACUGUAAUGUAAAAGAGUCAAAACUUUAUGGUAAGUAGUUCCUAACUGUAACACACAUACUGACCUC